AUGGGGCUCUGUGGAAGCAAGCUCACUACCAAUAGUCCUCCGCGGGAGGCAAAUCUGCAGAAUGGCCGCAGCAGCCCUUCUCCGGCGCGCCUGCCUUCUCCCUCACCUCGGGGUAAUAAGAGCGGAGGAGGGAGGGAUCAGCCGCAGCAAGAUAAGGGAGAGGAGGAGCAGGAGCAGAAGGCGGAGGAGGAGGAGAAGGGGUUGACCAAGCCGUGGGCCUCCCCUUUCUUCCCGUUCUACAGCCCCAGUCCCGCCCACAGCCUCUUUAAGAAGUCUCCCGCCGGCGGGGGAUCGAAUGCCACCACUCCGAGGAGGUUCUUCAAGAGGCCGUUCCCCCCGCCUUCGCCGGCUAAGCACAUUCGGGCUGUGCUAGCUCGGCGGCAAGGAUCGGUGAAACCUAAUGGGGCUUCCAUACCGGAGGAUGGCGAUACAGGAGGAACUGGUGCUGGACUGGACAAGCGCUUCGGGUUCUCCAAGCACUUUUCGAGUAACUACGAGCUUGGGGAGGAGGUGGGGAGGGGGCACUUCGGUUACACGUGCUCCGCCCGAUUCAAGAAGGGAGAGCUCAAGGGACAACAAGUAGCUGUGAAGGUCAUCCCCAAGGCAAAGGUGUAAAAAUGGAACUUACAUUACUGUUAUCUCCAUCUUCUGUUGCGAGUGUCUUGUUCAGCAUACAAUUCGUAAAAUUCUUAUUUAUCCGUCUGUUGACAAACCAGUCAUUGAUUGAUCUUUUUUUUAAAACUUUUCAUCUGUAAAACACCGGUCAAUUUCAUCUCCCUGUGUUUAGUAGAAAAUUUAAAAUUAGCUGCAUUUUCAUGAUGGUGCUGUAGCAAUUUCUGGAAUAACUUCCUCUUAACGUUUUCACCAACUUAAUUAUUAUCAGUGGUUUUCCUCAUUGACUUUAGCCUUCAAAUUUAGCUUUCUGUCAAUUCUGUGUCAUCCAAAAUGAAUUUUUGGACAUCUAUUCAACUUUAUGUAAAUGUUAUACCAUAUUUUUGGGGGUUGGCUGAAUCCAUGCUUCGUGUGUCAUUCUAAAGGCUUCCGAAUGUCUUGAUUCAUGUUAAAGUACGUCUUUCAAAAUUUUCAUCCUCAUUGAUUUUUUUUAUCGCAUUAUGUGGAUAAUUUUAUGUAUUAUUAUUUUAGGUUUUCCUCACAUCUGUAGAUAAGAUUUAUUUUCUACCGAAGCAAUAUAUUUAAGCAUAGGAACGUGUUUGAAUUAGGAUGAAAUUUAAUUGUUUUCGGUUUAAAAAUAUGUCCUCAUCCUACUAUUGUUAAAGAUUUCUCGCGUGAACUAUAAAAUCUGCAGUUUCUGCUCCCUAACCUUGCAUUCUCUACUGUCCCUUGCACCAGAAGUCCAGAUGUCAUGCUGAAUUUAUUGUCCAAUAGCAGCUGCUUGUAAUCUUCUGAAAUUUUAUUUUGCCCUCUGUUUGUUUCAUUUAUAUUCUUUGAUUAUCUUGCCUUUGGUUUCUCAGUUACAUUUUGUGACAGAUGACCACAGCAAUAGCAAUAGAAGAUGUCAGAAGAGAAGUGAAGAUUUUGAAGGCUUUGACGGGACAUGCCAAUUUAGUCCAGUUUUAUGAUGCAUAUGAAGAUGACGAGAAUGUCUAUAUAGUGAUGGAGUGAGUUUUCUGCCUAGUACAUUGCUCCUGAUUAAAAAGUUGAUGCAACCUACGUGCGGUUUGUCAUGUACAUAUUUUCAUGAACCGUUCAUGCUCAUGGAUCAUAUAAGGGUAGUCCCUUGAAGGUUCCAUGUUCUAGGCGUCAACAACAUUGGAAUAACACAUCACUGUAAUCAGUGUUAACUGACAGAGCUGGUUGCUUACAUUAAAACUUAAUCCUUAAACCACCUGAAACUUUGUCUUGGUUUGCCAAUAAUUUAAGCUACUCAUGUGAAACUGUUCAUGUGAAACAUGAUUUUGAUCCUGCAUCAUUUCUUAAAAUUUAGCCCAUCUGCACCGGAUUUUUUUUUUUUCAUCCGACUGCCUGAGGCCUUACCAAUGUCCAUGUAAAUUUCUUUAUUAAUACUGUUGAAUAAGAAACAAACUAUUUGGUCAUGGUACUCACUAUCCAAGGUUUAGGUCUGCUUAGAUUCUGUGUUAUUCUAUUUUUACAAAUGUUUGUUUGUAUUUACUAAGAGAAUAAUAAAGAGACCGAAGUGUACAUGAUCAUUUUAUGGGUUAUGCAUUCUUGUGUGAUGUUAUGACUUCUAAUAUUCCAGUUAAUCAAAAGUGGUUAGCUUAGGGUAUUUGGUGAAAAUUAUAUUCUCAUGUUUUUAUCCAUUCUUUUUUUAUGAAUCAGAUAUAGUCGGUUCUCCAAGUAGUUGUGCCUUUCUCUCUUUUUUCUUCAUUAAUCAUUUUUCCUUUCCGGUGAAUGGGACCUCAUUUGAUCACCAUUUAUUAAUGCAUCACUUUCUGUUUGAGUGCAUUUUCUUGACCUGAUGGAUUACGGAACUUAUCUUUCAGGUUAUGUGAAGGAGGAGAGCUAUUAGAUAGAAUACUUUCAAGGUGCCUUUCUCCCUGUUUAGUAUGCAACUUCACUAUAAAUCGAAUUUUUUUUAUGACUUGACUUGCAUUUUUUUUUCCAGGGGUGGAAAAUAUUCCGAAGAUGAUGCAAAGGCAGUAAUGGUACAAAUACUAAGUGUUGUUGCUUUUUGCCAUCUUCAGGGUGUGGUUCACAGGGAUCUCAAACCUGAGGUAGUGUAUACUGUGUCAUCUUCAAUUUCUUAUGCUUUUCAUUAUCUGGCUCUGCUUCCACUGAAGUACUUUUAUGGACAUUUAAUCAUUCAUAGCAGCGGAGAAUCCUGUUAUAACUCAUUUGUUAUAGUUUUUUUCAGUUGAAAUAAAAUCAGGGCGAAAGUCUUUCAUCUUCUUAGAUAGAAAUAAAAAAUCGACUUUCAUCAUUGCUAUUUCACCGUUAAUAUGAUUCUCCAUUUCCAGUUGAUCUGUGAUUUCAGAUUUGCAUCGGUCAGAAUUAGGCUAGUGAUAAAAUCGUCCAGCAUCUACGUUUUCAAUGCACCAGUGACAAGUAUCUAUACAACUGGGCUAACAUUUGUAUAGAGAUAGUGAUUAUGACUGUAAUCUUAUAUUUUUUAUUUUCUGUAAAACAUUGACGAAAUGUUUAUUGUUGUUACUACAUAUUUCUGUACAUCAGAGGAGUUUUCUAAUUGCUCAUUGAACAUCGUGUUCAAGUGAUCUCCCAGUUAGUGUCUCUUAGUGACAGUUGUGAACGUGAAGUUUUCAGCUUCAUAUCCUGAUCUGCAAUGGUGACAUUUGGAAAGGGAAAGACGUAAAACUGAAACGGUAUUAAAAGUAGAAAGUACAAGGUAGAAAGAACUUACAUUUGUUUUUCAGUAGCAGUUGUGUGGGUCUGCAUUUCUCCCCUCGUAGUGUGUCAUCAAUUCCCUUCUAUUUCAUCUUAUUUAUUUUCACUUUCCUCUAAUAUACUUUAAGUACACAUACCUCCUCACUUUCCUCCUCAAAUUUGUCAGAGUUUAAACAUUAUCAAGAUCUAUAUAGUCAGUUAAUCGAUGUUUGGAACUGAGUUUGAUCUAAUGAAUAAUGAAUGAUUAGAAGGAAAACAAUGUACAAACUUUGUAAUUUGUUCAAGAUGGUACCGAAGAUCUUAUGAUUCGUGGAACGGGAGUCAAUGUACAGACUUUGUUUACUUCCAUCAAGGUUGGAGCAUUGAUUGAUGUUCCAAAAUUUCCACCCACUAUCGCAUUCACUUAUUCUUCUGUAAAAUGCCAGUGAUUUUACUUCAUAAACGUAAAGUAUUCUUCUCACUAUCAGUUAGUAAGUUUUCUUGUCCGAAUUAGCGAAAAACCAUGAGAAAUUUGUAUUGGCGCUUGAAGUUGAAUAGUCUUUCCAGGAUAUUUAUUUCCCACUGUUAGUGUAUUUCUUCCAUUUUACUUCAUUUUCUUCCCAUUUACUAAUUCAUAUGUUCUUAACUUCAACAUAAACAUUAUUUUUUAAAUUCACUAUCUAAGUUUUUUUUUUUUUUGUUCAUCAGAAUUUCCUUUUUACAACCAAAGAUGAAAACUCUGUGUUGAAGGCUAUUGAUUUUGGCUUAUCAGAUUUUGUGAAGCCAGGUUUGUUUAAGAACUUCACCAGUUUCUAUAUCAGCUAGUUUUCAUGUGUGUGAUAGAUAUAUUCAUGGGAGAAUGACACGACGGCCUCUGAUCUGCCGUCAUUAUAAUGCAGAUGAAAGGCUGAAUGACAUUGUUGGUAGUGCAUACUAUGUAGCCCCAGAGGUUCUGCACAGGUCGUACACAACAGAAGCUGACGUAUGGAGCGUUGGAGUCAUUGCUUACAUUCUCUUGUGUGGGAGUCGGCCCUUUUGGGCCCGCACCGAGUCAGGCAUCUUUAGGGCUGUGUUGAAGGCCGAUCCGAGUUUCGACGAGCCACCUUGGCCGUCUCUCUCUUUCGAGGCAAAGGAUUUUGUCAAGCGCUUGUUGAGUAAAGAUCCUCGCAGAAGGAUGUCUGCGGCUCAGGCUCUCAGUGAGUGUUGUCCUCUUCUUGGUCUUCACGUUUGACUUUUUUCUUCUUUCUUUUCUUCCCCUAUUUGGUGACAAGACCACCGGUUUUAUUUCCUCCUUGUUGCAAGGCCAUCCUUGGAUUAGAAACUAUAACGAUACAAAAGUGCCACUGGAUGUUCUUCUUUUCAAACUCAUGAAAGCAUAUAUGAGAUCUUCACCCUUGCGCAAGGCUGCUCUGAGGGUAUUACGAAUCUUUUUUUUUUUUUUUUUUUUUUUUUUUGGAAUCUUCUUUCAAUCUUUGACCGAUGAUGCAGAUUAUAAAAUGCACAUAAACGCAUGAAUCGUGAGCAUUUUCUCUUUUUUUUUUGUGGGGGUUGACUUUGUUGACUCUCUACAGGCCAUGUCGAAGACGUUGACUGUGAAUGAGUUAUUUUAUAUGGAAGAGCAGUACGCGCUCCUGGAGCCAAGUAAAAGCGGGUUCAUCUCUCUCGAGAACAUAAAGCUGGUUCGUACCCUCCCGUCAGAAUCCACGGAAGGGCAACAUCGAAUUUCUGUGAUCUUAACCGUCUUCUUUCCUCAUCUAGGUGUUGACCAAGAACGCGACGGACGCGAUGAAGGAAUCACGCGUGAACGAUCUUCUCGUCUCGGUACCCACCCGGCGCAUAUCAUUUUCUGCUGAUUAAUAAUUAUUUUAUGCCAUGUUGGGAGAAGAAAUAUAUCUGAUUUAAUGGGUGGGGGCAACUGGUUCAGCUGAGCGCCCUCCAGUACAGGAAGAUGGACUUUGACGAGUUCUGUGCGGCGACGCUGAGCAUUCAUCAGCUGGAAGGUCUGGAUCGAUGGGAGCAGCAUGCCCGAUGCGCCUACGAGCUCUUCGAGAAGGAUGGCAAUAGAGCUAUCGUCAUCGAAGAACUUGCCUCGGUACAACUCGAUCGCGCUCUCUCAUUCAUUUUAUUUAUUUAUUUAUUUAUUUAUUUGCCCGUUUUUCAAGGUUUUGCGAGAACAAUAAGGUCUAGUCUGCUGGGUAUGCUCAUAAUAAAUUGAGUUUUGGGCUUUUUAUUAUGGCAUGGAAAUUUUCUUUGGGCGUAAAUAUUAUUUUCAGUGAGCAGAAAUAUUCUUAAAAAUACAUUAUCAAUUAGCCCCUAUUAGUUUUUAUAUUUUAUUUAUUUCGAUGAUUUUUGCGCUGAUGUGGAAAAAAUGGUGGAUGACACAGGAACUGGGGUUGAGCCCGUCGGUGCCCGUCCACGCCGUCCUGCACGACUGGAUCCGGCACACCGACGGUAAGCUUAGCUUCCUGGGCUUCGUCAAGCUCGUCCACGGCGUCUCUAGCCGCUCCCUCGCCAAGCUCCAUUAA